ACCGCCAUAACACCACAGAAGAAGUGGGACAGGCACGGUCAUAUCAGAGUUUGCCAGCUAGCAAUAAAUAAGUUAGCUAAAGCUGAGGUAGCUAUUCUAUGAAGUCCGUGUUCUAAUAGCUCGGACGCUUGGGAUGGAGACCUCGGUGUACAUGUGCUUCCCCUGCUGCCAGGAGUUCAGCACGCUGGAGGAAGUGCUCGUGCACCAGCUGACCUGCAACCCUGAAGCUGAAAGGAAGGAGGAAUUCAUCGCAGCGCACCCUGGUCUCCAGGAUGAGCAGACGCUUUCAGAGACCCUGCUGACCGCUUGUGACCUGCUGGGCGAGGACCAGAACCAGACGACCAUGGUGCUGUCAGAACCGAGGGACCAGGGCGCGACCGCGGCAGGUUCUGACAGCCAGAUCCAGUACCAGUGCGGGGACUGCGGGUGUCUGUUUGAGUCUCUGGGCCUGUGGCAGCAGCACCGCAAGCUGGGCCUGUGCCACGCGCCCGGGUCAGAGCCCCAGCCGGACGGGACCGAGCAGAACAGCACCGGGGAGAACCCUGAGCAGAACCUGGAUGGGGAGGCUGCCGUGGGGGAGACUGGGGACGGGGUGGCUGGAGGAGACACAGUGGCAGGAGGAGACGCGAUGGCAGGAGACACAGUGGCAGGAGGAGACGCAGUGGCAGGAGACACAGUGGCAGGAGGAGACGCAGUGGCAGGAGACACAGUGGCAGGAGGAGAUGCAGAGGCAGGAGACACAGUGGCAGGAGGAGAUGCAGAGGCAGGAGGAGACGCAGUGGCAGGAAACACAGUGGCAGGAGGAGACGCAGUGGGAGGAGGAGACGCGGUGGCAGGAGGCACAGUGGCAGGAGGAGAUGCAGAGGCAGGAGACACAGUGGCAGGAGGAGAUGCAGAGGCAGGAGGAGACGCAGUGGCAGGAAACACAGUGGCAGGAGGAGAUGCAGAGGCAGGAGGAGACGCAGUGGCAGGAGGAGACGCAGUAGGAGGAGGAGACCCAGAGGGAGGGGAUGCUGCAAAAGUGGCGGAAAACGAGCCUGCCAGGACAGAGGGGCGAGAGAAGGAGUUGGCGGUCAGCCAGGACCACGCCUACCUGCAGAGCAGCAAGCUAAGCGCAGUGGGGGGCACAGGCGGGGGGGCGCCAGGGGAAGGUCCGCCCACCAAGGAGGUGGAGCCAAACGCGGACGCGGAGGGCCAGAGCCCCCCCCCGAGGCGGCGGGGGAGCCGGAAGGCCGCGGGCCCGCGGCUGGGCCUGCUGUGCGUGGACUGCGGAGCCGCCUUCACCCUGGUGCCCGAGCUGGUGGCGCACCGCAAGUCCCAGCACAGCCUGGAGGGGGCGCUGCACCGCUGCCCCGUCUGCGGGGAGAGCUUCCUCAGCACCACGCUCUUCCUCUACCACCGCAAGCAGCACCGCAGGAGGGAGGGAGGCCCCAGGGAGGCGCCGCGGGCGCCGACCGCCGUCGACGUGGCGGUCCAGACCUGCUUUCCGGACGAGCAGGCGGUGGACGGCGAGGUGGUUGUGGAAGAGGCGGGGGCGGGGGCGGAGGCGGCGGAGGAGGCGGAGCGAGAGGCGGCGGACUCCCAGGACCCCGCCGUCGACCCCAAGGAGCCGGACUCGGACGGGGGCGAGGCGGACGUCAAGCUCGAGGCCCCGCCGGACGAGGGGCCUCCCAACUUCCUGUGCGUGGACUGCGGCUCGGGCUUCAGCACGGAGCCGGUGCUGGCGGAGCACCGCAGGGCGGCGCACGGCCUGCAGGAGGCGCUGCACCGCUGCCCCGAGUGCGGCGAGGGCUUCAUGAACACCACGCUCUUCCUGUACCACCGCAGGAAGCACAAGGGCAGCGCGGGCGCGGGGCAGGAGGGGGCGGCGGCGGGCGGGGCGGGGCCUCCCGGGGCUCCCGCGGGGGCCGCGUGCCCGUCCUCUGCCCACGCGCCACUCUCCGCUGCGCCAAAGAGCAAGGGCAGCCCUGGGCUCGCGUCCUUGCACAAGAGGGCAAAGGCUGAGAAUGGCACAGGUGAGAGUGUGUUCCUCAGUAAGGUGGGCUCUCAGGGGGGCGCCACGCCCGUGGAGGCGGAGCCCCAGACCUCUCAGCUGAGCAGAAGCUGGUCCCGCACACCGCUGCCGCACGCCUGCCCGCACUGCCGCCGCACCUUCACCCGCCGCUGCCUGCUCCGCGCCCACGUCUUCACCCACACGGGCGAGAAGCUGUUCGGCUGCAAGGUGUGCGGCAAGGCCUUCUCCCGGCCGGGGAACCUGCUGCGGCACAGCCGCGCCCAUGCCGAGGGCAGGCCCCACGCCUGCCCGCGCUGCGGCCGCGCCUUCAGCCAGCCCGAGACGCUGCGCCGCCACCUGGCCAUGCACGGCAAGGGGGGCGGGGCCCAGCUGCCCGCCGCCUGCCCCGCCUGCCCCGCCAGCUUCCACACGCGGGCCGAGCUGGAGAAGCACAGACUCACUCAUGCCGCUCGUGUGUUCUCCUGUUCGGACUGUGGCCAGACCUUCAAGCGCAAGAAACACCUGGACCAGCACACACUCAUGCACCAAGAGAAGGAGCCCAAGACCUGCCCCAUCUGCUCCAUCCAGUUCCUGAACCAGUCCGUCCUGGAGAACCACAUGCUGCACUGCUCGGGGAAGGAGGACCGCAGUCAGGGCCGGGGGCGUGGCCAGGGGCGGGGGCGGAGCAUGGGCCAGCUGGAGUGCGACAUGUGCGGGCACUGCUGCGUGACCCAGGAGGGGCUGGAGCUGCACCGCCUGUCGCACACGGGGCAGACCCCGCUGCGCUGCCCGAUGGCGCCCUGCCGCCACCGCUUCCUGUCCCGCACCGCCCUGGACAAGCACGUCCUCACCCACCGGCAGGGCAAGGCCGCCGCCGCCAGCAAGCCCCGCCCCUACCGCUGCGAGCACUGCGGCAAGGGCUUCGCCUACGCCUCCACCUUCAACCUGCACAUGAGGAUCCACACCGGCGAGAGGCCCUACGAGUGCUCCAAGUGCGGGAAGCGCUUCCGGCAGCUCCCGCACCUGCAGGACCACGAGCGGAUCCACAGCGGGGCGCGGCCCUUCUGCUGCUGGGUGUGCGGGAAGAGCUUCUCGGUGGCAGCGCGCCUGACGGAGCACGCCCGCACGCACAGCGGCGAGAAGCCGCACGCCUGCGCCCAGUGCCCCCGCACCUUCCGCUCCCGCUCCAACCUGGACAAGCACGCGCGGGCGCUCGGGCACCUGCCCGCCCCCGCCGCCCCGAGCCCCGCCCCCGCCCCAAGCCCCGCCCCCGUCGCCCCGAGCCCCGCCCCCGAGGGCGAGGCCGCCGUGCGCACCAUCCUGCUGGUGCAGACCCCCGCCUCCGACGCCGCCGCCACCGUCUACCACGCGGACGCCUCUUCCCUGGUCUUCUUCCACCCCUCCGUCUCCGUGGUGACUGAGCAGGACAUCCAGCAGUCCAUCGAGGUCGUGCUGGAAUAG